AUGAAAGUCAGCUUCCCGCCUCAUGCUGGCAAGUAUCAUUUCCCUAGGAUCUUCUGGUUGAAAUUCUCAACAUCUAAUUUAGGUCUUGAAUUCGUGAAGACAGCGCGCCACGACACGUACCCUGCUGUUGAUCCUACAAAAGCCAACCUCGCGGGACAGGUUGUUCUCGUAACCGGCGCGUCGAAGGGUAUUGGGAAAGCCAUCGCAAUCGCGUUUGCGCAGUCAGGCGCAUCCGGACUCGUUCUUCUUGCCCGCUCCGAUCUCAGCGUUACGAAGGCCGCUUGUGAAGCCGCGGUUCGGAAGCGUCCGGGCCAGUCGCUCAAAGUCUUGACCAUCAACGUCGACACCAGUGAUGCUGCGCAAGUCAAUACAGCCAUAGCGAAGAUUAAGGAGACAUUAGGACGGCUUGACAUCGUGGUCAACAACGCAGGUGUCAUCGAGCCUGAGGCCCUCAUUGCAGAUUCAGACUCAAAGUCGUGGUGGCAUACUUGGGAUGUGAACAUUCGUGGGACGUAUGAGGUGACGCGGGCAGCAUUGCCGUUGCUCAUCGAGAGCAACGGCAACAAGACCGUCGUCGUCGUCAGCAGUAUCGCCGCCCAUGGUAUCCUCGAAACGCAUGGCUCUGCCUACGGGAUGACAAAGCUCGCGCAGCUUCGCUUCGCGGAGCUCAUCGUGAACGAAUAUGGAGACAAAGGUAUUGUUGCCUACGCAGUGCAUCCCGGUUCAAUCUCCACCGGCAUGAAUGCAGACAUAGCAGAGGACCUCAAACCGUUCCUCAUCGACACGCCCGAAAUCGCUGCGCACACCAUAGUUUGGCUCGCCCGAGAACCCAAGGCUUGGCUAUCUGGACGCUACAUUAGCUGUCAGUGGGACGUCGAGGAGCUUGAGGCGAAGAAGCAGGAGAUUGUUGACGGUGACAAGCUUAAGGUCAGAAUGGCAAUCUAG